AUGGGUGGUGUAGCAUCUACAGCACCAAACUCUUUAAAACAUGUUGAAUGGAUGUGGCAAUCUAAUCUGGAUCCAUGGUCAAAAUCGGAACCAGCCGAAUGGAGCCAUUAUUCAGAUGUAGAAAAUCUAAUAAUCGAAGAAGAAUUCUCAAAAAAACAACCACGAGCCACCUUGGAUAAUUAUUAUAUUGAUUUCAAUGACAAUCUUCAAAUAUCCAAGAUUGAUGAGAAUAAGAAGCGACCUAUAAAACGAUUUGUGCGUGAAAGGGAGGACCAACGUUUAAGAGAAGAACGUUUUAUGGAUCUUCCUGUUGCUUCAACACGUUCAUUUGGUGGUGAGUAUGGUUGGAUAUCACCAUUUGUAAUCGAAGUCAGAAGAGACUUGGGCCUUCAGCCAGAAGAAUUACCUUCCAAUAACAAAAGUAUUAUCCCGAUGCUUGUCGAAAAAGCUGCUUGUGGUAUAAUUGAAGAAGGUAAGUGUAUCGGAAAACAACAUGAAGCCGAAAAAUUGGCUAACAUGCUUCGAGAAAAAAAGAACAAGAAGAUGAAAGAAGUAUGGAAGUGUUGUGUUUACCUUUACUCAUUGGAAAGUUUCUUGUACAAAACCUUGAACGCGACCAUGAGAUUAGUAGGAGACAAGGAGCAUGAGAAAAUAUGGCGAAGUAAAAUUCGAACAUUGGGUCCGUUCUGUUUACUACUCUGGGAUGAUCCUUACAAUAAAAAAAUGAAAACCGACACGACUCUUUACCGAGGAGCCGAAUUGAAACCUGAGCAGAUUGCUGCUUAUGAAGAGAUGGUUAAGAAUCCCGACGAAUAUCGAUCAUUUCAAGCUUUUACAUCGUGUAGCCGCAGUCGUGAAAAAGCAGAACAAUUUGGUAAUACUGUAUUCAUCAUGGAUGUAUUGUUUGCUUUCAUCGCUGAUCUUCGUGGAUUAUCUGAAUAUCCCGAUGAAGAAGAAGAACUUAUUACACCAGGAGUUUGUUUCCGUGUUGAACGUGUUGAAUUCAAUCACAAGACGAACAAAUAUUUGAUCUACUUGCAACUGAGACAAAAUUUUUCUGCUUACGCCCAAGCUGAUAUCAAAAACACUAAAGAUAAUCCAAAAAUGAACGAUGCAUAUGAUAAUCGUCUUUGUUUUGAUCGUCCUCAUCUUCUUGAUGAUGAUUUUCAUCUUCGUUAUGAUCGUGAUGGCAACCGUCAAAUGAAGUAA